AUGGCCAGAGAGCAACUCCCGGAAGGCAAGCUUGCACCAAAGUACCAAGACCCUUACAAGGUCAUGGAACGUACAGAGAAUGGAGCUUACACUUUGUUGGAUGCCACGAACCAGAAACUAGAACGCAACUACGCCCCUGUCCAGCUCAAACUUGUCAUGCAGGACCUAAAUGGUCGCAGUGAUGAGUCGUACGAAGUCGAAGCCAUCCUUGGCCACGAACUCACGGCGGAGGGGGUGAGGUACACUGCCAAGUGGAAGGGAUACGACUCUCCUCACAACCCCCAACUAGAAUAUGACAAUUUUGAUUCAGAUCUGAUCAUCAGACGGUGCUGGAAGCGUUUGAACCAACAGAACCCUCAUGCCAUUGCAAAGCAAGCAGAGAAGGAAAAGAGAGUUCAGAAAAAAACGCUACGACAACAGACGGCACAGCAAAACCAAUCUCAAAAGAUGCGAGUCGUCAGGUUCCAGAUUGUCCGCUCUGACCCAGAGUCAGAGCUGGAGAGCCUCCAGCGUGUUUCCAUCGACGUUGACGACCGUAACUUUCCGCAAACCUUCCCAGAUCGACAUGUUAAGUUCCUCGACAAGUUGAAGGGAUAUAAGCGAAGACUGGAGGAGCAGCAGAUUCCGGAACAUUCAAUGAAGGCGAAAGCAGUAAUGAGGAGAUCGGUGACUGGUCCAUUGCCCCAUGAUGGCUGAGCAAUAUCCUUCAUUGCGUUUUACCAUAGUGAAAUAGUCUGCGGAGAUUAUCAUGCCAGCAGCAUGCCCAACAUCGGGUCAUAGUUGUGUGCCGUCUUGGGGAAAAGGUGUCAAGGUUGUAUUGGAGGGUUUUAAGAAGAGAAAGAAGGAGAGAUGUACAAAAAUAUGGAAAAAGAGAAAAGUUCGGCAAGGGCAAGAAUCAGAUGGACAGGGAGGGGGUUUUCUGAUGGGACGGGGCAGUAACGAGUUGUUUUUAUCAUCAGAAGAUGACUAUGAUGGAAAAAGGGUCCCUGA